AGACGCACCACUGCAUAGCGGAUGGAGCCUCUCUUUCCAUCAUGCUGUCGACCAUGACCGAUCCCACACCUGAGCUGAAGAAACUGCAAGCCAUGACCUACCUGAAGAAGCCCGUGAACCACAACCGUGGGAUCUCGGGUGCGCUCGAGCGUUUUUGGGGGACACUUCUGCUGGCGCUGUACUAUCUGUGGGGUUUCAUCACCGUCAAUCUCAAAUACGCCAUAUCCUUCGCCUCUCCUGAGCUCAAGACACAACUCAAAAACCCGUUGGUGGGUGAACGAAGUCAUGCGUGGACUAAAACUACCACUGUGGCCGACGUUAAGCUCGUCGGGAAAGCGUUCGAGGGCACAGUCAACGAUGUCAUGACAACGGCCAUCAGCGGAGCACUGCGAAGGUAUCUCUUAGACGGGGACCAGUGGACAGCAGACCAACUGCGGCCGUUGCACCUGGCCUCUCCGGUGAAUGUGCGCACCCCCGACGACUACGAUGCAGACUACAUCCUGCGCAAUAUGUUUGGCUUUGUGAUCACUACGUCGCCGAUUGAUGAAGCAGAUCCCAUUGAACGACUCAAGAUCAUCCGAAAGAAUAUGCUGGCGAUUAAACGGUCACCCGAACAGACACUCGCCUACCGAUCGGCCUUACUGCUGGCACGCGCCAGUGCCAGUUUCCAACAGCGCGUGAUGAGAUUCACGAACCAGUACAUUUCUUACGUAUGCACCAAUGUUGCUGGGCCCAAUAUUCCCAUGUUGAUGACCGGCGUUCCCGUGGUGUACGGGCUCGGUGUGGUACCCCCUCCACCCACAGUUGGACUUGGAUUCGCCAUCUGGUCAUACUAUGGAAUGUUACGUACCGCAGCCACUGUCGACAUCGGUACUGGAGUAGACGGGUGGAAACUAUGCAAAUACCUCGACGAAGAGUUGGAUUUUAUGAUCAGUUUAGCGAAAGAUAAGCUCGCGGCAGAUGCCCUUGCUGGUCCUAAGGCGACCAACGCGGGCGAGAAAAAAACUCAGUAAAUCAAACUGCAUUGUGGACACUAAAUCGUAUGUAGAAAAUAGUAUAAAGGGUGAUCGUAGCGAAUUAUAAAUUUCCUGAUUAACAAUAAAAUAAGAAAAUACGAGCGA